AAUCAACUGAACUCUGCUUUAAUUCCUGGGAAAAAAAUAUGUUUUAGUUGCGUUAGAAAACUCAAGAAUGUUGAAGCAGUUGAGGAGAGAAAAGAUCCAGAUUAUGUAUUACCUGAGAACUCUGUUUUACAAGUUGAUAACCUAAAUCCUUGUCUUAUAAAAUUUGGUUUGUCGCCAAUUAAAAGAUCAUUAAGCAUGAGCAUGUUACAAUAUGACAAUAAAAUAAAAAAAAAAGUAAAGGUGUUAAAUGAGUCUUUGAAUUCAUUUGAAGAAGAAGCGUCACAAAUUGCUACGCUUAAAAUCUCCUCUUUAGAUUAUCUAGUAGAACAGCUAAAACAAAAGUUUCAUAAUUAGAAUAGUAUUUCAAAGAAAAUAAAAUUACUUACCUUAGUUUUUGUCCAUUGGACCAUUCAGGAAACAAUAAAUGAAUUUAAAACAAUACAAUAUAUGGUAAAGCAAGCAAGAGCUUUGCGGGACAAUAAAAGAAUUCUUGGUGAAAGAUCAACUGACAUAAGAAAUCCAAAAAAAAUUGACUUCUGAAGUUAUAAAUCAAAUUGUCAACUUUUAUGAAGAUGCAGAUUAUUGCCAGGUGCAAGCAGAUUAUUGCAAUAGCAGAUUAUUGCCAGGUGCAAAGGAUUAUAUUAGCAUAAAAACAGUUGAAGGCAGAAAGCACAUUCAGAAGAGACUUAUAUUAUCUAAUCUUUCAGAACUAUACCAAAAAUGGAUCGAAGAAUCAAAUUCUAAUGAUAUAGUUAAGGUGGGAUUAACAUCAUUUGCUCUUUUAAGGCCAAAACACUGUGUACUUGCUGGAAAAUCUGGCACCCAUACCAUCUGUGUUUGUAUCCACCAUCAAAAUCCAAUCUUUAAAUGGAAACCUGACCCUAGAAAGCAAUUGUUAUUGCAUUAUAUCAGACAAUCUGAUUCACAAUACUGAGACAGUCUUCAUUUAUGUUUCAAAAAUCGUAUUUAUUCUGAAAGAAGAAUAUCCAAAUAUUCAAAAGUUUCAUUAUUUUACUGAUGGUGCAGGCAGCCAGUAUAAAAAUAGGUUUAAUUUGAAAAACCUUUGCUUUCAUGAAAAAGACUUCGGACUGAAAGCAGAUUGGCAUUUUUUUGGCACUGCACAUGGAAAAAGUGCAUGUGUCGGAGUAGGUGGUACAGUGAAAAGAGUAAUUAACAACCUGUCCCUCCAAAGGCCAAUUGGAAAUCAAAUUUUGACACCAAAGGACAUGUUUUUAGUUGCUAAAGAAAGUUUUAAAAACAUCAGAUUUCUCUAUAUUUCUGAAAACGAAACAGCUGUUAACACUCAUGAAGUUCUUGCUAAACGAUUUGAGAAUGUUCCUGCUAUCAAAGGAACCCGCUCAUAUCAUUGUUUUUCACCUUUAUUGUUUUGUUUAAAAGCUUAUGUAACAUCAAUGAGCACAACAUUUGACAUUUUUCUCAUGCUGGAAGAUACUUGCAUUAAUACACAAAAGUCAGUAACUGUUGACAUCAAUAUUGCUGAUUGGGUAUUAGCGCAUUAUUUUAGUAAAUUUUUUCCUGGAAAGGUGAUAGAUGUUAAAGAUGACUACAUAUCUGUCAGCUGUUUACAUAAAGCUGGCAAUUAUUUCAAAUAUCCAAAAACACCAGAUAUCCAUUGGUAUCCAGUUAAUGACAUUAUUGCCACAUUACAUGAGCCUGAGCUCCAAAACACAAGAGGAUUUUACUCCUAUUUAAUAAAAAACAAGAUUAAAUAAAUUAUACUGCA